ACAAGAGGCGCCAAUAUACAACCGUCAGACCAAUGGUGCCGUGGACCGCUUAUCAAACGCUCAGUCUCAUAAACUGCUCGUCGGCAGGCUGUGUACGCAGCACAUAAGACGUCUGGUCAGAACCGACUGAGGCACACUCGAUUACCACGCACCUGUACGACCAGCGCUGAGAAAACCCAAAUUCCAGCCAUGCAGACGAAAGUGAUCGUCCCAGUUCUUGUGACAUUGGUCGUCGCUGUGGCGGGUCUCUCGGCGGCCAUUCUCGACGAACAUGUGGUGUGUCCUGUCGUGGACCACAAGGGCGAUGAUGUCACGUACUUUCCUAACAUCUACAACUGCUCCACAUUCUACGUGUGCUCUCAGGGCGUUCCAAAACUCAUGGCAUGCCCUGAUGGACUGCACUUCAACCGCACGGUGAACGUGUGCGAUCACUCGUAUCGGACUGAAUGCGACGAGGUUCGUCUCCCAAAGCCUCUCUUGCCAACUACCGAGGCCCCUCCUGCGACCGAAAGGAUUAUCAUCACCCAAGUCGUCAAAGAAAUCAUCAAGAAUGCUGAUGACCAAGCACCAUCGUCGUAGGCAAUAAAAUUCAUGAGAAAAAAGAAACAA